AUGUCAGCGCUAAAAGACUUCAGCUACAAAGAGGACGAGGACGGCGAUAUACCUUCGUUAAUCGAAGGCAAUGAGGAAAACCUGAGCGACAUUUUGAACAGCAUCAAGAGUGAUGGAGGUGGAACAAUUGUAAGCGACAAGAAAAUUGAGUUAGCUAACACGCAAAUCGAAGAAGCCGGCAGUUCAGAGGCGCCACGAGUACCCGUUACGAUCAUCACGGGGUACUUGGGGUCCGGAAAAUCAACGCUGCUUGAGAAGAUUGCCCUCAAAGGCUCCGACAAGAAAAUUGCUGUCAUUUUGAAUGAGUUUGGCGACUCCAGUGAGAUAGAGAAGUCUAUGACCAUCAGAAACGGCGAAAACUCAUACGAGGAGUGGCUCGACCUGGGGAACGGGUGCUUAUGUUGCAGUCUACAGGACGUGGGAGUCAAGGCGAUUGAGAGCUUGAUAGCUAGGUGCCCCGGAAAGAUUGAUUACAUUAUACUGGAAACCUCCGGUAUCGCAGACCCUAGGCCUAUUGCCAAAAUGUUUUGGCAAGAUGAUGGCCUAUACAGCAAUGUUUACCUUGACGGUAUUGUAACAGUUCUGGAUGCGGAAAAUAUCUUGACAUGCUUAGAUGAUGUAUCGCCAGCAACACACUGGCAUGGCGAGAAGGUUGUUACUGAUGAUAACAUCACGAUAGCGCAUUUGCAAGUUGCACUCGCUGAUUGCAUUCUAAUAAACAAGAUAGACCGCCUUGGUGCGGCUGCAAACCAGGAUGCAGUCAGGGAAAUAGAAAACAGAGUACGGCAAAUCAACGCAGCAGCUUCGUUACAUCAUACAAGUUUUGGUGAAGUCUCCUUAGAUAAGGUAUUGGACCUGCACGCUUUUGAGUCUGUCAAGUUUGAAGGCUCCAGCGACAGCACCAUGCAUGACCCCAGAAUACGCACAGUGACACUCACGUUCCGCGCGCUCAAAGACGAAGACGAGUUCCAAAGAUUCUUAGAUGGCUUUUUGAGAACGGUGCAUUGGAAAGGGUUCGGACACGACCUCGAGGGCGACUGGGAAAUCCAGAGGACCAAAGGUCUCAUAAUCGUCGGGGAUAACUGUAAGGUCGUACAGGGAGUUCGGGAAACUUUCGACGUAUUGCCAGGGAAACGCCUUGAUAGCGCCGUGAGCUGCAAGAUGGUGUUUAUUGGAAAAGGCAUAUCUCGAGAGGCCUUAUUACAAAUACUCAAAACUGUUAUAGAAGUUUAG